AGACGAACGCUUGGCGCUAUAUCGCCACUUGGAAGCGUCCUUCCACCACGACGUAUCAGUCCGGCGUUUACUCCUUCCUGGAGAAUUUCAUCGACACUAGAGGUUAUGUUGGUCGCCAUGUGCAAUACGGCAACCAGUGGGCACGUAACACGAACGGUGCCUGGUCUGAGAUUACCACUGGUCGCUUCACAGGUGAUGCUACUGCGAACAAUGCGCAGCGCAUGGAUUAUGCCGGUGGCUUGGAGAACGGACAUUUCUACCUCCGCAAUUGCGGCUUCUUCUCAGAUUUUGUGCCGCUCAACCGGGACUUCACCCGCCUGGCCGCUGGCACUCAGCCAACAGUCGAUGUGAACACAUUACCAACCCAGUGA